UACGUAAAAAUAAGUAUGUUUACUAGUAUAGUAACUAGUAUAGUAACUAUAGUAUAAUUCAGUUCUCAUAAACUGAAUAAUACAUAUGAAAAACUUUUCAACAUUGUUUUUUAAAUUUGAUUUAAAUUGAACUGUUAAAAAUAUUUUAAUAAAAAAAAAAUUUAAUAAAAUAUUUAAAAAAUGUGUUUAGAAAAUUAAAUUUGUAUUUGUAUUAAAUAGUUGCAUUAAUUUAUAUUGAUUCAAGAUGUCAAAUGAAAUAGAGACAAGUUUAUUAAUAAUAAUAUUAGAUGUAAAUCCAGUGCAAAGAAUUAUAAAACAAGAAACAAGAAUAUUGACACAAUGUUUGGAUUCUACUAUUGUUUUUGCCAAUGCUCAUUUAAUGCAGUCAUCUAAUAAUCAACUUGCAGUAAUAGCAUGCCAUAGUCAUGGAGCAAAGUUCUUAUAUCCUUGUGAAGAUGCAUUAGAAAUUAGGCAAAUUGAUGGACAAUAUGAAAAAUUUACUAUGAUUGAACUCACUGUAAGGCAACAAUUACAAAAAGUUAUCAAUGAAAUUACUUCAAAUAAAUUAUUAAAUGGUGAAAGUUUAAUAUCUGGAGCAUUGACUAUGGCAUUAUGUUAUAUUGCAAGAUUAGAAAGAGAAAAGAUCGCUGGUGAAAAAUUAUAUUCAAGAAUUCUUGUGAUUACAGCAAGUAAUGAUUCAGCAACACAAUAUAUGAAUUAUAUGAAUAUAUUUUUUACAGCUCAAAAAAUGGGAGUAAUAUUGGAUGUAUGUAGUUUAGAUCAAGAAUUAACCUUACUUCAACAGGGUUGUGAUAUUACUGGAGGAAAUUAUUUAAAAGUUCCUCAGUUAAAUGGAUUAUUACAAUAUUUAUUGUGGAUAUUUUUACCAGAUCCAAAUGUUAGAUCAAAAUUAGUAUUUCCACCACCUGUAAAGGUAGAUUAUAGAGCAGCAUGUUUUUGCCAUCAAGAAUUAAUUGAUAUUGGCUAUGUAUGCUCUAUAUGUUUAUCAAUAUUUUGUAAAUUUAGUCCAAUAUGCACAACUUGCCACACAGUAUUCAAAAUGCCAGGACCUAUACCUAUAAAAAUGAAGAAGAAAAAAAAGAAUGUAGAUAUUGUUCAUUAAUUGUAUUUAGAAUUAGGAAAUUUUUUUUCUCUUAAAAAUAUUUAUUAAAAUAAAUAUUUAUUUUCUCAUCAUAAA